AUGUCUAGAAGCAUCUUAUUUUCCUUGCGCCGUAAAAAGCAAUGUGACAGGGCAAACAGAAAAAAUGCAAGAACGCCAGAGCACUUCGAUAGUUGGACAAAUUAAUAUUGAGCCCUUCAGGAAAACUUCUCCCUUUGCCCUAGCCUAGCGUAAGGCCCAGCGGGUAGGUUGGUUGAGAUCGUUGAGCAAGGUACCCUGAUCAGGACAUGUGACGCGCCUCAGAUGGGGGAUGGGCGCAGCCUGUGUCGUAAACAGUCCGGUGGUGGUGUCGUCGCGCCGAGAAAUGCACGUACGCUGAGGCGCUAGUCGUUGUUUAUCGCUGCCGGCGGCCUCCACGCAUUGGCCAUUGACGCUCGGUAGCUGUCGUCAUCCGAGCCGGCAGCGGGUGCGGCGGCGAUCGCGCUUGUUUUCGUCUGCGGCGCGAGAGCAGACGACGACGGCGGCGUCAUGUCGGCCACGGCUACUCCGCUCGCGGGAUGCCCGGACGUCUCGUCCUUCCCGCCUUCGUACAGCGAAGCCACGCGGCAGCACGCUUCUCUGGGCGGUGGACUGAGCUUCGUGGAUUUCUUGCCUUACUGCAUCAGUUCGGGCGGCCUCUUCAGCACGCCGACGUUCGAGCCGUUCAGGGUGCUGCUCCAACGUGCCAACGACUGGCUCAAGGAGAACUGCACCUGGGAGGUGAAGACAUGCGAGAGCGUCGAGUUCAAGACCUCAUCCGAGGUGGUCAACACCGAGCGCAUGACAUACUACGAGUACGGCGAGCAGAGCACCCGCUAUGUGCGCAGCCUGAGGCUAUGGCUGGUUCCACGCGUUGACCAGAGUCGACCUGCACAGCAGCUGGAGUACCGCAACCUGAUCCCGCAGCAGACGGGCCAUGCGGGGCUGUUUGGAAUGCCUACAUUCGAGACGCUGCAUGAGCUUCUGGAACGCUACAACCAGCAGCUAAUGCACCAGCCUGCACCAGGGCGUGUUCUGGCGGUGGAGACGCAAGAGAUGAAGAUCCCCAGCUACUCGAACUUUGACCCCGACCGGUCGUACUGGUCCGAGUACGGCGGACGCAACCGGCACUUCCUCUUUGUGGUGCGGGUCUUCUAUGAGCUUGGCUCCACGAGUUGCGAGGAAAUCGGCGUGGCAGACUUUGUGCCCCUGCGGCAGUCGACGGGUGGCCUCUUUUCGUUCCCGAGGUAUGAGCCAUUCUGCAACGUCAUUGGCCGGGCUGCCCAGUGGUGCUCCCAGCAGGGCUCACUGCGUUUCUGCAAUGCCCAGUCCCUCGAGAUCAAGCUGAAGUCAGGCACCAUGGUGGACACACAGCGCAUGUCUUACACGGAACACGCGGAGCGGACCACCUUCUUUGUGCGGGUGUUGAGGGUGGCCUACAGCAAGGAGCCCAUGCCCAUAGAAGGGGGACUGCCGCCCUCCCCUCCCUUGGCCCUACACUGCAAGACCUUCAUGCCGCUGCAGCUGACGCGCGGAAUCUUUGUGCCCGAGUUUGAGAGCCUGUCGGCCACCAAGAAGCGUGUCGAGGCCUGGAUUAGGGCCACCGGUGCUCGUGUGCUGAGCUGCGAGACGGUGGCCAUGCGCUUGUUCACCGGCGGCGAAGCCCAUGCCGGCAUCGAGAGUAGUUUCACCUACAACAACGGCAACCGCAGCGAGUACUGGAUAUUCGUCCUGCGGGUGUACCUGGACGGCUCCUACCAGGAGCCGCCGCAGGAGGUGAUGCCCCCUCCGCCUGAGGUGCGCGAUGUCGGCUGCUGCGCCAUUCUCUGAGUCGCUCGUAACUUUGCCGCGUGCUUCGCCUCCCCUGUCUCUCUACCUUCUGUGACGCUCUUCUAGUGCAAGCUGCAUACCUUAUCUAGUGAAGUCUCGGGGCACCCUGCUAGCAUCUGUGUUUAGGCAUUUCCCGGACACGCUGCGUGUGCUUGUUGGGCAUAAUGUGUCUUGUCAAAUGUGCCCUCAUGCCUUGCCUUCUGCCGGUAGGCAAACCUUCUCUGCCGAAGCUCGCGUAUUUCGCCUGGCAUCUUCGGAUGGACACGUCUUACCUCGAGUGGGGCGACUUCCGGUGCCUCUGCUUGCUUAGUGCGGGGACAGUGCAUUUUGUCGGAUGUGCUGUCACACUAGUGAGUGUGGAGGUGAGUACUGCCUGCUUAUCGUGUCGGGCACAUCUGGGCAUUACUGUGGUGCCUGCAGGGAGACUUAACGGCGACUAUCUGACGUGGCCAUUCUGUGUCUGCCGAAUCUGCGCCUCCGCACUUUUCCUGUGUCCAAGGGAGCCCUUUUUUGGGAAGGCGAAUUGUCUUUCCAGGCAUCUCUGUCCGGUGAAUGACUUGGUGGAGACUUCCACAUCCACCCGGCACGGAUGUUUUAUCGUGUUGAACUUAAUGACACAUGCACUAUGGGAACACGCUUCUGGUGCACCUUGUCUCACCAUGCAUCGCUGGGAAGCCAUCUGGUGCGCAAGCGUGGCCUGGUGCUUGGCUCCUAGCCUGCUUUCAGUGGAGUAACGGUUUUUUCAUCAUGAUUUCCCUUGCCUUGUGCCCCAGGCGGUGUCCUUUUGUUGCGUACUGUAUUAUCGAAUAUGUUUGCAUAGUUACGUCAAGCUCUACGUGCCUUCAGCCACUUAGUGUCACUCUCUCACUAAAAAAAAUGCACUGUUUUAGACGUUUCUUAGUGUGUUCACAUGUCUUACGAGAGAUAAGCAGCCUGUAUAGCUUUGCCAGCAGCAGCAGCAACUCUUAACCAGCAACUGUGUGUAAUGUAUUUUUGACGUGGAAUCAGUGUGCGUGUUCACUCCGUGCAGUUGCUGCCCUAAAAUCCCAACAAUAAUGCGUUCCGUAGUGUCACAGGUGCGUUAUGGUAUGCAUCUUGGCCAUGACAGCGUCACGGUUAUUGCCUGACUGAACCUGGGCACGUUAAUGCGAGGCAGUGUCACACUGAAGGUACGGUUGGCCGCAAAAGCUUACAGGACACAAGUUCCAUGACAUAUGUGAAAUGCUGCACUGUUAAGACCCAAUGAUUCUAAUUUAAUCACCGUGUUGGUCACAAAAGCUAAUGCAGUCUGCAACAUUGAAUUUGAGGCUGCGUGCCAAGACUUCACAGGAAUUCCUUUUCUUUUGUCCUUUUUUUUUCAUUUUGAAAAUUCCAUGUCUCAUAAACUUUUGUCACCAACUCCACAUUGCCGAGAUGCUCCACAUUGUUGCCGUCUUAGUUUACAACAGCUGUUCUCCUCUGUGGAUAUGGUAAGCGUAAGGUAUAGCGUUCACCGAUAACCGUAUCACAAGGCUAUGUGUUCCGGUGUGCACUGGUCAAUCGGAAAAUGGGUGCCAACAUGCUCAUGCAGUAUUGAGUGCAAGCUGUAGUCUUCUUAGAAACAUUCAGUACUGGACGCAGUUUCACAGAUUUGCUUAUGCCAUUCACGCAGAUUUCAUAGAUUUGCAACCUGUACAUGCCGAUGACAUUUGCAUUAAUGGCUGAUCCCGGUGAAAACAGCGCGUGAGAGCUUGCAUGAGCUAGUGAUAUAACGUACAAAGACAAGAUCAGGAUAGACGCUUAUGGAAAAUGUGGCCACAGAAAAAAGAAAGUUUGUAAUGUGCUGUAGAAGGCAUGGUCAUUUUUUCACACACUUUUUAGCUGAUGCAAAUGGCACAAAAAUUGAUUCACAUUAGCCUCUAAAAACUGCAUUAUGUGGCACCGAGCUUCUAGUAUGCUAGUAAUAGCAGCAAGUUUCUAGCAGCUGGUAGGUAGGUAGCAGCUGGCCCUCCUUAGUACUUUAAUGUUGCCACUUAAACACAUUGCAGCAUAGAGUGCUGCUGAAUGUCAUAACAAAUGUCAUUGUCAUCCGCUUCUAGGCAGCUUCUUGGCAAAGCCUAGAAUGCUUCUGUACGUUGGAAUUCUUAUGUCAUCAGAAAUUUCUACGCACUCUGAUAAUGUUGUAAAAGCAGGUUUCACAACACCAUCUGAAUUGGUGGUACAAGAUUGUCAUCUCUGCAGGCAUUUAUUGUACACUGCCAGCUAGGAUUGUCUGCGCAACAAGCCAUAUUUUGACAUGACCUCUGGGUCAACAAGACUUUACCAAGCAAACUUUUCCGUUGGAAUGGCUUGGUUGAUAUACCUAGAAUCUGACGUUUCUGAGGCUACAGUCUCAGAUUUAGUGAUACAGUCAAACUUCUGUAAACAUGUUUAAAGAGGAAAAGAACCACGACUUCAGACGGGACGUAAGACGAAGGAGUGGAUACGUUCGGCUUACAUCCCGUUUGAAGUCGCGGUUCUUUUCCUCUUUAAACAUGUCGGACCAACUGGCCCUAAGUUCCCCCCUCUUGAUUCUAUAUUGCGAAUUAUGCGAUAUGAUGAAGUAAACUUAAAAUUUGUUAAAUUUUUUACUGAUAUCAGCUGUCAUGCUUAUAAGGAAUAUUGGAUAUAACGAGGGUGUUUCCGUGUUGGAAGAGACUUCAUCAUAAUGAGGUUUGACUGUACAAACUUGCGUAUUCAUGCUAACGGGAACAUUUUCACAUGGUUGGCUUUUUUAACAUCUCGUGAGAUGUGCUUAUAGAGUUUUAUCAUUUCCCUCACCGAACAAAUGCUCCAUCACUGUGAAGCUAUCAGUGCCGCUCUCGUGCAUGGGUCGUGACACUAUCACGACCAGUGGCAGUGACGCUGUCGUGCAUUGCUAGCUUUCACUGCUCUUGCACAAUGGUUAUCUCAAAGAUUUAUCACAGUUCAUUUUCUUUUGGUCAUUGUUAGCAGUGGUUUGUGCUGCAUAAGCUUCAGCAUUCUUGCCCAAUUACCAUCUACCAUAAGUCAUGUCCAACCUCAUUUCAUAUUAUCUAUAACACUGUUGCUGCAUCGUUAAGAUUUUACGUUACCAUGGGGCCGUGCCUCAGACUUAUAUAUUACGUAUAAACUUCCUCCAUGUUCUCGUCUUGUAAGACUGAAGGAAUAUGCCUUUCUUGUGUGAACAGUCUUGUCCUUUACUUUGUGUUGGGUACAUUGUGAGAGUGACUGUCAUAGUUCCUGUUUGGCUUUUUGGCUUUGAGUUAUAUGUAACCACAAUUCCCUGUAGACUGGAGAAGUUUGGUCCAUUGUCUUUCAGUUUUAGAGAUUCCCGUUUUUAUUUACGAUGGGGCCUAGGUGUCUGGUGCCCGAUUACAGCUUAUGCAGACAAGGUGACAGCAAAUUACCAUGCAUUGUACAAAGAUAAAAACAGAAAAUAUUAUGUUUCUUUUAUUCUAUCCUUCUGUCAUAGUAGAGUUCGUUUUUCAGACUUGACCUGACUUUAGCCAGUGACGGCCAAGGCAUGCAGGAGAAGGUCCUGCAUGCUUUUAUGUUAACCUGUGUCGUUGAGACACUUUCUGGCAGGAUGCGCUACUGUGGUGCAGGUACAUGCCGCCAACACCACUAUUAUGUUUUUCUUGACAGUUCUGUUUGAAAGUACCACGCAGAAUUAGAAUUUUGGACUUUGCAAAAGUGGAAUGGUAGCACCUGUGUAACUUGCUCACGUAAGCUGCAGCACCAGCGAAAAACUGUUCUCGUAGAGAGAGCCGUACGUUUUGUUUGCAAGAUAGAAGGAAACUUUGGCACAAAUGUCUUGUUUAUUCAGCCUCCUGUUUAUUCUGCUCAACACCUGCACCUUGACAUUUACACCUCAUUGGCGCAAGUGGUUUCACUGCUGGAACAAAUUUGUGCACACUUGACUGCAGAGAGCUAUAGGAUACUGCCACCGGAUUACUGUUACUAGUAACUGUGCUGGCCACCUGCCAGCUUUUCAUGUGCUAGGUAACGUCGGGGGCAGAUAUAAAUGGGCACAUGGGACAAACGUGCAGCAAGCAGCAUCGUCUGUCUCUCAACUAUGCCCAAUACCUUUUUAAGAGUGAAGCAUUUUUUUUUUUAAAUCAUGUGCUCGGAUUUUUGUGCAACUCUGGGGCACUGUUCACCCGUGUUCACCUGUAUGAACAAUCGUAGCUCCAAAUUAACUUGUUGCAGCAUAUUGUUAUCUAAACUAUCUGUUGUACACCCCUAUAACUUUUAACCAGAAUGAGUGUGCAUCAACUACAUGGCACAUAUCGCUUUAUAACGGCGAGAUCGGCGAUAGUACGUGCAAGUGCACGAAACAGUCUUCUGUUUAAAUGCCGUCUGCUACACUGUUUACUUCAAAAGUAUGCAUGCCCUGCCUUUGUUACAUGCGAGGCCAUAUUGUGUAACGUUACAAAUAGCCAGGCCACGCAGCUACAAGUAUUUGCAAUCAGAGCUUCGCUCCUGCUUCUUUUCCUAAUUACAAUGCCUCGUUUAUGUUAAAUUUGCAUUCUUGUUUAUGCUUAUUCCCUGGUGUGGGUUCCAGUAAUGCAAAGAAAAAAUGGAUAGCGCAUCACAGGUGAAACAUCUUAAUCUACACCUGUUUUCACAUUGGCUUUUCACAAGUAGGACUGCGCAGAUAACUGACUGGGCUUGUGUCCUACUGAUGCAAAUAGUGUAGCAGACGAUGCUCAAGCAGAGAGUGCUUUUGUGGACUUGUGCAUAGUGUCACCUAUCUCGCCGUUAUAAGGCAUCGAGAUGCUGUGUGGGCAAAGCCCAUGUGUUCUGGUUAAUAAAUUGCAGGGGUGUAUAGUGCUCAUGGAAUGAAACACAACAGGGAGCAUUCGGUAGAAGCUUGCACAUGUGCAAAGUACUCGAGAGUACCACGUCAUGUCACUAGGAAUCUGGUCGCCAACGGUGACGCGGACUCUGAUAUAAGUGUACGCGCCAAAAUUGCGUCAAUGUGACACAAACUGCAGCCAGUGGUAACAAAAGUAUUCGCAUUAGUUAGCCCUAAAUUGAUGUGUUUCAUUCUGUGAACACUGUACAUACACGUCACAUGGCUUAACUAGCAAGCACAAAGCUGGCAGGUGCCAGCGAUAUAGAAGAGUGAUGGUGAUAUAUGUUGAAACGCUAUAGUGACAUCAUUAAAAAAUGGCUGCUUUGUAGUAUGGCCGCAGAUCUGCCUAUGUGUUCAGGCUGCUUUGUCAACUCACCGGUGCUUUUGCAGAUGUUUUCACAUCUCUGAAUAUAGCCGCGUGUUCUGCAUGUUAAAGUGUGUGUGACCUCCCUGAUAUUUUGUUUGAGUUACGCGCACCAAGGCAUUUUGUAUGGAAAGCUGUUGUAUACAAAUGUGUAAUUGUCAUUUUAGCAGCGUUGAGAGUAUUUGAGAGCAUGUACUUAUAUGUCAAGCUGCUGGUCGUUCAGUGCGGAACAGUAUGCGUGUUGAACAGAUGGAUUCAAUAAAGCGCUUUUUGUUGGGUGCUA